AUGAAAGAUUACGGAUAUCGUUGUAAAAAUGAUACAGAAUCAAAAGUUACGUUCUAUUUUGAUAAUGAAACAGAACAAUGUUUACCAUUUCUAUAUGAAGGUUGUGGUGGCAAUGAAAAUCGUUUUAUAAGUAUUGAAGAAUGUAGACUAAGUUGUAUUCCACAAGAUUUUGGUUGGUGUGCAAUGAAAGCAAAAGCAUAUGAGGAUAAUGAGAGUAAUACGGUGAUCUGUUCUGGGCCAGUUUCUAUUCCGUGUCCUGAGAAAUACAUAUGCAGACAUUUGGCAUUCUUUGGGAUUUGUUGCCCCAGAAAAACUGAAGAAUUAUUUGAGCAAAAUUUCAAUCCUUCAUGUGCGAAGGGAAAAUUGGUGAAGAUUGAUGGUAGAGAUAAUUUCAGUGUUGCAUUAUUGGGAAAAAGUUGCGGUGAUAAGUUCUGUCCUGAGAAUAGUAAUUGUUUCCAACAAGAGAUAUUUGCUUAUUGUUGCCAAUGA